UUUUCUAGUGUGGGUGUCCCAAGUAGUGGGAUUGUUUAUAUUUAUAAUGAACUCAUAUUUAAAUUAUGCCAGUCUCAAUAUCAGUGUAGUGUAGGCUGCGGUUUCGUAUCUAAAACGUUUAUACAUUAUAACAUGUUGAACGUGCACAAACUAUGGCUUUUAACCAGUUUCUGUGUUAUUGUGACCGUUGUUCUAUAUUUCCAGUCAGAAAUAGCACGCUUGGAGGACAGUUACCGCAAAUUGGAGUACAGAGUAGCGCAGUCACACUCAGAUUCUCGCCAAUUUUUUACAAAAGAGACACUAAAAGAUGAUGAAGAUUUAGUUGUUAUAUACAAUAGAGUGCCUAAGACUGGAUCAACGAGUUUUGUUGGUGUUGCCUACGAUUUGUGUAAGAAAAAUCAUUUUAAAGUGCUGCAUAUCAAUAUAACGGCAAACAUGCAUGUAAUGUCCCUAAAUAAUCAGUACAAGUUUGCUCAAAACGUGACGAGGUGGCAGGAGGUGAAGCCCGCUUUAUACCACGGCCAUAUGGCGUUUCUUAAUUUUGAGAGAUUAGGUACAGCGUCGAAGCCUAUUUUCAUUAACCUGAUAAGGAAACCGUUAGACAGACUGGUGUCAUACUAUUAUUUCUUACGACAUGGCGAUAACUUUCGACCACACUUGGUGAGAAAGAAGCAUGGCGACAAAAUGACCUUUGACGAGUGUGUUGAGAAGUCUCAGCCGGACUGUGACCCUGUGAACAUGUGGUUGCAGGUGCCAUUUUUUUGCGGACACGCUGCUGAGUGCUGGAAACCCGGCAGUACGUGGGCUUUACAACAAGCCAAGCACAAUCUUGUAAACAACUACCUCGUAGUGGGAGUAACUGAGGAAAUGCUAGACUUCAUCUCCGUGCUGGAACAAGUUCUGCCUCGCUUCUUUAAGGGGGCGACCGAGCAUUACUUGAGUAGUAAUAAGUCCCAUCUCAGACAAACUAGCUCGAAAAUCAACCCGUCACAACGAACCAUAGAGACUAUAGAACAGUCGAAUGUAUGGAAAAUGGAGAACGAACUGUAUGAAUUCGCGUUAGAACAUUUUAAGUUCGUGAAAAGAAAAAUUUUGCUACGAGAACCAAACAGUGUGGCCCAAGUGUAUUUCUAUGAGAAGAUACGACCGAAAUGAGAUCCUAUUGGCUACGUUAUAUAGUUUAAUUUACUUUGGUUAAAUAGAAAGUUCUAUCGAUGUUAACAGACUUGUUGCCGGUGUUUGGCGAAUGUUUAAUACGGCAAAAUUCGUGGCGGUAAAAUGCCAGUUCUAUCUCUAUACUUGAUAGCGUCAUAAGACAAACGACUAGUAUCUCAAAAAUUAACCCUUCACAACGAACCAUAGAUUAUAGAACAGUCGAGUGUAUGAAAAAUGGCGAAUGAACUGUAUGAGAACCAAACAGUGUGGCCCAAGUGUAUUUCAAUGAGAAGAUACGACCGAAAUGAUAUCUUAUCGAAUAGGUAAUAUAGUUUAAUUUACUUUGGUUAAAAUAUACAUUUCUAUCGAUGUUAACAGACUUGUUGCCGGCCUUUGGCGAAUUUUAAAAUACAGCAAAAUUCGUUGCGAGCUCUCUUCACCACUCACCAGCUGGUAAGAUGCCAGUUCUAUCUCACUUCUCGAGAGUGACAUAAGACAAAUGACUAGUUCAAUGAGUAACCCUUCACAACGAACCAUAGAUUAUGAACAGUCGAGUCUACGGAAAAUGGUUAAUGAACUGUAUGAAUUCGCAUUAUUGCAUUAUAAGCUCGUUACGAUAAAAAAUUUGCCAAACAAUGUUUUCUAAGAGUAUUUAUAUGAAAAGAUCUUGUUAACUAGGUAAUAUAGUAUAAAUUUCUUUGGUUUUAUAGAAUUUUUUAUUACUAUAAAACAAUAAAGCUGAUCGCACACUACAGCACGCUAUGUAACGCAUUUUCCAGAACUGAAAAUACGAAUGUUAAUUUUGUUAACUUGUAUGUAUGAACUUCAUUUGCUAUGAUAC